AUGCCGGCGCGCGCGACGGUGGGCGAGGACGGACGCGUCGCCGCGACGCCGACGGUGUACGGGCUCAAUCUCCCCUCGACCACGGGACGGGUGACGACGGGGACCGGGACGGGGGAACGACGACGCGCACCGCCGCCCAAGGCGUUCGGAUUCGACGACGACGAGGACGAAGACGAAGACGAUGAUGACCCGAUCAAGGCUCGAGCGCGGGCGAACGCGGAGAUCGCGCGUCAACAGGAACACUUGGCGAAGAGACGCGCGCGGGACGCGGAGGACGCGCGCGCGCGCGCGAGCGAGGCGCUGAAGGAAGACGAGAACGCGUUCGAGUACGAUGCGGUGUACGAUGAGAUCGAGGCGUCGAGAGGGAAAGCUGCGCAAGGCGUCAGGGACGAGCGUGUGGAGCGAAAGUCGAGAUAUAUAGAGGACUUGAUGGCAAAGGCGGCGGCGAGGAAAAAGGAGAGCGACGCGUCGUACGAGCGACGUUUGCUAAAGGAGAGGUUGAAGGAGGAUCAUCUGUACGCCGAUAAGGAUAAAUUCGUCACCGCUGCGUACCGAGCGAAGUUACAGGAGGAUGCAAAGUGGUUGUCGGUGGAGAAGGCGCGCGACGCGAUCGAGGACGAGGAGGAUGUGACGAAACGAGGUUCGGGAGCGAUGACGGCGUUUUACAGCAACUUGCACAACAAUGCAGCCUUCGGUGGAGGUGACGCCGCGAAGCCGAGCACCUCAAAAGGAGAGUCGGCGUCGCAGUCUAAGCUCACGAGUGCGGCGGAGCGAGACCGAGAGAUCAUCGCGCGCGCUGAGGCGACGGCGGCGGCGAUGCCUCCGCCGGCUGUUCCGGAAGGCACGACGCUAGUAGAGCGGCCUCAAGAUAAAGCCUCGCUGAAGGACAGGUCUGCGGCGGAUACGGAAGAGGCGGCCAAAGGUAGUGCGAGUGCAAAAAGGACGUCUGAGACGGAAAUAUCAGAUGCUCGAGCUCGAUAUCUCGAGCGGAAGCGCAAAGCCAUGGCUGGCGGCGCAUAG